UUUGACACCAAACACUGCCAAAUGCUGCUGAGAUGGAGCCGGCUCCUUCCCCCCUCCCAGAGGCCGCCUGUCCCGGAGUCCCACCGGCCACAGGUCCCAACCCCGCGGGCCGCGCGCCCACCUGGCUUCCUCCCCCGCCGCCUGCGGUGAGUCCGGCCCCGCGUGGAUGGGGAUCCCGGGAUCGGGGCCGCCCUCCCGACUCCGGCCAGGACGCCAGCCGCUCUUCUAACCAGACCUUUCCCCGCAGGGGGGCGCUGAGCCCGCCGGGCACCUGCUGGCCAUGCGGACAACGUGAGUGUCGGACGCCCAAGGGAGCGAUCCGGGCCUGGCCGGGCCAUGGCUCCCGGGGUCGGCUGAGCGCAGGAGCAGCUCCCUCACUGCCAGUGCCGCCGCCCGGAGGGAGCGGAUUCGAUGCCCUGGAAGGGCCGGGACCCGCGGGCAGAGGGAGGCGCUUCCCGGCCCCGAUUCUCGGAAUAUGGUCCCUGGAGAGCCGCGCGCAGCAGGCAGCGCCCGAUCGACCAAGACGGAGCGCACGACAAGAUGAUGGCUAUGCAGGAUGGCUCUUGUGGUUGGGAUCCAGAGAUGAGAUUUCCGUCUCAACAGGUAGGAUGGAGUGGAGAGUGGAGGGGCCAAGGCACAGAUCAGACAGAUCUCCCUUUGACGACAGGAGUUUGCCUAUCCGACAGGUGCGAUACAGGGAACGGGCUUUGUGGGGUGCCAUCACCCUGCUGUCAUUGUUUGCCGGGGCAGUCACAGCAACACCACAGAUUUGGCAUCACAACAAGACAUUGGGAGCACCCUCCUAUGGAAGUGUGGGCAUGGCCAGCCCUGCCCCUGUCGAGGAAGACAUCAGGGAAGAACCAUCACUGGCUGCAUGGAGCCCCUGGCAUGGAGACAACAUGACGGUGCAAGGGCUGAGUAUGGCAGAACUGCUCCGGGCCGAGCGCUCCCCGGCCAGUCCCAGCAAGGCCAAGAAAGGAUUCAAGAAUGCUGAGCGUGAGGGCCGCCGCCGUAACUGCCGCCUACACAGGCUCAUGGUAAAGGUGCGGGACCUUGGGCUGGGCUUUGAGUCAGACGAGAUCGUGCCGUUCAAGUACUGCAGUGGGUCGUGCCAGCAUGCCCGCACCAACUACGACCUGACCUUGAGUAGCCUGCUGGUGCAACGUACCAUUGAGCCUCACGACCAUCUCGCCUCCCACCCCUGCUGCCGCCCCACUCGGUACGAGGACAUCUCCUUCAUGGAUGUGCGCAAUAACUGGCAGACUGUGGAGAAGCUUUCGGCAACCAAGUGCAGUUGUGUGGGCUGAGGGGUGCUGCCUGUUGGAGCUCACAGUGUCACCGAGGGGUCAGGCGUUAACGCCCACCCCACAGCAGUGACAAGAGCCUGCCCUGUCUGUGAGACACAGAAUGGGGAGAGGCACAGGUCGUGGUGGGGCUUUCCAGGCCAGGCAGAAGCAGCGAGGGAACAAUCAGCAGGAAGGGAGCAAGGUGCCCUUGGCAUGGACAUGUCUGCAGGACAUUUUUAUAGGCCACUGUCCACAUGCCAGCAACAGGAUGGCAAGACUCAGGACAGCCAAGCCUGUGAGAGCCCAACUUCACUCUGGGUGGACCUAUCUCCUUUAAGGCUUGGUCUGCCAACAGGCUUGUGCUCCGCUUUUCCAGUAGAGAGGCUGUGCUGGAGUUUCCCAGCUCUUACUCAAGGGGCAGAGAUUAAGCCUGAGUUGUGUAAAUGGGCACCUUCUUGAGUGCCCUCCCCUACCAGUGGUCCUUUGGACAGUUUAAAGAAGCCAGCCGCUUGCUAGGAUCAUCUAGCCCCAUCAGUUGCCUGGCUUGUGUUUCCCUUGGGCUUCCUUAUUCAAGAUCAUGAGCUCCGUUUUCUCUAGAGACUUGUUCUAGAUCCAUAGGGAGAAAGUGAAGUUGAACAUGAAGGACAGUUUUGCAACCUUGGUACAAGCUCUAGAGUUAGUGCACAGUUGUGACUCUGUCCCUUCUUGGUGCUCUGGGAGUCCAGUGAUUGCCAUUCACUGUCCGUUAUCUGCUAGGGUAGUUACCACAGUUGCUGGGGAUAGGAUUUGUUUUGAGAGGGUCUUCAUUCUUAGAGCCUUUGGCUUGGUUGGAGAGCAUCUCUCAGUGAGAACAAGCCCCUUGCAGGCGGAGGCUGGGUUCUGGAUAAUGUGAAGAUGGUCACAAAGCACAAGAAAUCUGCAGCUGGGUAAAGUCAGGGGUGUAGCUAUAAUUUGAACAAAGGGAACAAAAGCCCCUGGACCCAUGGGAUGGCCCCCUCCCACUGGCUGGGACACAGCCCUCUCUCCUGUCUCCCCUCCUGCCUCCCUAACUCACUGGCAAGGUGCUAACUCCUGAUAGGAUUGUACGGAGUGUGUGAUAUUAUUUGUAUAAGAACGAAGGACAGGGCAUGUUGAGAAUAUUUUGUUUUUCACCAUCUCCUUAUAGUGCUUCUGCAGCAAAGCAAGGGGCUUGGGGAGAAGAAGGCAGCAGGAGGCCCUACUUCACUUCUUGUCCCAGGGCCCAUUUCAGCCUUGCUACUCCCCUAGGUAAAGGUUCAUCUAUAAAGCCAAACCCGGUGUAAACAAUCUGUUUUGCAACAUUCCCUAACACACUAGCAGGAGCGGUUUGGAUUUUGGCCAAUAGAUUUGUCAGGUUGACACUGGAGGCAGCAACAGCCCCUGCCAUUCCCUGGGUUGGCUAUCAUGUGGGGCCAGCAGGGUGAAGACCUCUGUGGAUCAGUCCACCUUGUCCUGGAAGUGACACUUUCUGAACAAAGUUAUUUAUUCUCUAACUUAUUUAUUUAUUUGUUUGCACCCCACUCACACACCCCGCCCCGUGGUACCUAUUUAUGAUGCUGAAAGUCAGGCCUGGAAUAUAAUUUAAAGUGGAUGCUGAUGUUAUGCUUUGGACCUGUGACCAGCAGUUCCUACUUCCUUUUCCCCACUUGGCCUGAGCAAAGGCAUUUCCUCUUCCUCCUUUCCUAAUUUUAUAUGCUCUGCCCUUUAUUUGCAUUUGGAUAAACUCUAUUUUUGUACAGCAGUGACUUCCUGUAGCAAUAAAAUGU